CAAGAUCACAACAGUUAAGUUGUUCCAUGCCUUCAGCAACAUCACCACAGUUAAGUUGUUCCAUGUCUUCAGCAACAUCACCGCAGUUAAGUUGUUCCAUGUCUUCAGCAACAUCACCACAGUUAAGUUGUUUCAUGUCUUCAGCAACAUCACUACAGUUAAGUUGUUACAUGUCUUCAGCAACAUCACCACAGUUAAGUUGUUCCAUGUCUUCAGCAACAUUACCACAGUUAACAACAUCACCACAGUUAAGUUGUUCCAUGUCUUCAGCAACAUCACCACAGUUAAGUUGUUCCAUGUCUUCAGCAACAUCACCACAGUUAAGUUGUUCCAUGUCUUCAGCAACAUCACCACAGUUAAGUUGUUCCAUGUCUUCA